AAAUUCUACACUCUCCAAACAUAUUGGAAUCAUAAUUCAUAAGCAUUCACUUCCACUCUCAGUCGAUUCAUGCCCAAAGGAAAAAAGCCCCACUGAAAUCAUUCACACAAUCACACUACACUAAUGAUCUAUGGAGAACAUCGGAGUGCUAAUGGCGUGCCCUAUGAACGCCUACCUGGAACACCAACUCCACAACCGAUUCAAUCUCUUCCGCUUCUGGAACUUCCCCGACACCGACGCUUUCUUCGCCCAGAUUGACGCUGCCUCCAUCCGCGCCCUUGUCGUGAACGCCUUUGUCGGAGUCGAUCUCCUCGACGCGCUCAUCGACCGCCUCCGCAAUCUGGAAAUCCUGUCCACAUACAGCGUCGGCUUGGAUAAGGUGGACGUGGCCAAGUGCAAGGAGAAGGGGAUUAGGGUUACCAACACCCCUGACGUGUUGACCGAUGACGUGGCGGACAUCGCUAUCGGAUUGAUCCUCGCCGUGCUAAGGAAGAUUUGCGAAGGCGAUAGAUUCGUGAAGAAAGGAUUGUGCAAAAUGGCUGAUUUCCAGCUUACUUCACAGUUCAGCGGUAAAUCCGUUGGUAUAAUAGGAUUGGGAAGGAUUGGUUUAGCGAUUGCAAAGAGAGCAGAGGCGUUUAACUGUGCAAUAAGUUAUACCUCGAGAUCACAAAAAUUGGACACAAAUUACAAAUAUUACCCUAAUGUAAUCGAGUUAGCAUCUAAUUGUGAGAUAUUAGUAGUCGCCUGCGCCUUAACUCCCGAGACUCAACACAUCAUCAACCGUCAAGUUAUCGAUUCGUUGGGGCCUAAUGGAGUGGUGAUCAAUAUCGCUAGGGGUGGUCAUGUAGAUGAGGCGGAGCUGAUAUCCGCUCUGGUUGAAGGGCGGUUGGGAGGUGCUGGACUUGAUGUGUAUGAAAAUGAACCGGAAGUGAAUGAGGAGCUAUUGGGGCUUGAUAAUGUGGUGUUGUUGCCUCACCACGGUUGCGCCACCGUGGAGACACGCAACGCCAUGGCUGACCUGGUGGUUGGGAACUUGGAAGCUCAUUUUAUGAAUAAGCCGUUGUUGACUCCGGGAUCGUCUAACCCGCGGUUAAGACACCGCGCUCACACACUCCUACGUAUCCGUAAGAAUCACGCCUCACAGGUCACGGACGCAGCCCGCGCAGGCAGGCUUUAUCGAGCAAGAAUGGAGGAAAUAGGGGUGCUGUUACUCAGACCACUCUCCAGCUACCUACAACAAGAGAUUUCCAAACGUUUCACUCUCUUCAAAUUCUGGGAACCCCCCUUUCACUCCAACCCUAAGCUCCUGAAGCACCACUCUUCCUCCACCUCCAUCCGAGCCGUGGUCGGAGACGGCGUCCGGGGAGCAGACUCGGAGCUGAUCGACUUGCUCGCCAGACUCGAAAUCGUUUCGAGCCACAGCUCCGGACUCGACAAGACCGAUUUGGUGAAGUGCAAGGAAAAAGGCAUUCGAGUCACGUUCACUCCCUACGCCUCUACCGAUGAAGUCGCCGAUUUGGCGAUUCUGCUCACGCUGGCCACGCUCAGAAGGAUUUGCCAUGCCGAUCGAUUCAUCAGGAGCGGGAUGUGGAAGAAACAGGCUUUUGGAUUGUCUUCAAAGUUUAGUGGCAAAUGUGUGGGUAUUGUGGGAUUAGGAAGGAUUGGGUCAGCCAUAGCCAGGAGAGCUGAAGCUUUUGGAUGCCCAAUCAGUUACACAUCAAGGUCAAAGAAACUGGACUCAAACUACACAUACUAUCCUGGAGUCAUUGACUUGGCAUCCAACUGCCAAAUCCUCAUAGUUGCUUGUGCCUUGACCACUGAAACUCGCCACAUUGUGAACCGUGAAGUCAUAGAUGCAUUGGGUCCAAAUGGCAUUGUCAUUAAUGUUGGAAGGGGUCCUCACAUUGAUGAAGAGGAGUUGGUUUCUGCCCUUGUUGAGGGCAGGCUAGGGGGAGCUGGGCUUGAUGUUCUUGAACACGAACCUCAGGUCCCACACCGAUUGGUUGAGCUUCAAAACGUCGUCCUCUCGCCGCAUGUGGGAGCCUGCACGGUGGACACGCGCGUCGCCAUGGCUGACAUUGUGGUCGCAAAUUUAGUGGCACACUUCUCCAAUCAGCCGUUAUUAACUCCUAUCAUCUAAUUUUUAUUUUUAUUUUUCCAUAUUCAACCCUCAUUUUUAGUUCAACUAUUGUUUCACUCAUCUGAAUAAUGCUCCGUAUAAAAGUAUUUUUCACUUUUGAUCUUGAACUAUUCUGCAUUUGAGGGGGCAAAAGUGGAAUAGCCCCGUGACUAUUCCAUUUGUAAUAUUUUGAUGAGAUAGCACAUGAAUUUUGACA